AUGGCACCAAGAGUCGAGAAAAAGCAUAGUAAAGAGUACAAGGUUCACGAGAUCCAAAAAAACCUGGUCAAAAAGGCCCGGUUGAGGAAGGAAUACCUGAAAGUUCUGAAAGAAGAAGGUUUCUCAGCUCCUGAGAAAAAGGCCAGCGAGGCAAAGCUAAGCUUCAAGGAAAUGAAGGAGAGAAAUGCGUUGGGGAACCGCAAAAGAGUGGACGAGAAAAAAGAGCUGAAGAAAUUGCGUGGGAAGCAGCAACGGGAAAAGACCAUAAAUCGUCAGCAGCGCGAGAGGGAACGGCUUGAAGAAAUAAAGGAAAAGGAGAAACAGAGAGGAGUCCGGUCCUCAAAGGUAACGCAGCGUACCCGCUCGGGACAACCGAAGAUGGGCCCCAAAAUUGAAGAUCUGCUGGGCAAAAUCAAAUCGGACGAUACAUACACUCGUUAA